UAUUGUGCCUGGACGUAAAGUUUGAACAAACCACUCAACCUCGUCUUGCCGCCUUCCCCUCUCCCCAUCAUUACUGCCCAUCUUCCCCUCCUCCGCCCGCCGUAUCUGACCCGUCUGUUUCUUCAAUAAUCACUACACCCUUUCUCCUUUUUUCCCACACUCUCUCCACCGCCCCCCUCCCCUUCAGCUUUCCUAUUAACCUUAUCCAUUCCUCUUCACUGGGUGAGAUUCAAUCGGACCUGAUUUCUGUCGUUCCGCGACCACACCCUCCAUCGAGUGGUUUCUAUUUCUGAGUCUCCGGGAUACAGAGCAUCAUGGCUUCUCAAGAGACGCUCCGCGAUUCGAGGCAGUCUCCCGCCAAUGGACAGAAUCAAAGUGCCAGUGCAGCUCACAAUCCACAACAGCCUUAUAAUGACCUUUCAUCGGGCUUGACCUUGGAUGUGUCCGUCGCGACCUCCACCCAAUUUCCUGCCUUCACCAAUAAUUCGCAAUCCGAUUCUUACGGCUACAACCCCGCCGCCUAUCUCUCCGCGCAAACGCUGGCCCCGGCCUCGCAGAACUUCUCCCAGACCCUGCAAUUGCCUCAAUCCUUCAAUUCCAACCUAGUACAUCAAUUAGAUCAGUCGGCGGGCUUGUCCCUGCAACAGCAGCAGCAGCAGCAAUUAUCUUCAGACGAGAACUUUUCCACCCUACUUAAUUCCAAUCAAACCGACUUUGACUUUGCCCUCUAUCAAAACCCCAGCCCCAACAGUUCGGCCGCCCCUGAAUACGACUCACCGCUGAUGCUUGAUCCUCACGGACAGUCUCGACAAACUAAUCACGGAGUCAAUCCUGCCGACCUAAUCAGUCAGAUGCCCUCUUCCCAUCGCUCGUCCUCGCCGCAGCUGUCACCUAUUUCGCCGCAAGACUAUCACCAACAUUCUUCCCCCGGCCCUAUGUCACCCCCAAACUCUACGCCCGGAACCUACUAUACCCCACAACAUUCUCGGCAUACCUCCUUGGAUCCUGCUACCGCAGCCUACAUGUCCGGAAACUCGCAUCACGACUGGCAGGCAGUCAUGGGUAGUUCCGCAUUCCAAGGUCAUCGCAGAGCUCCGUCGGAAGUGUCCGAGGUUUCUUCCGCAGCGCCUUCGCCGUAUAUGUCACAGCAUGAAUCCUUUGACGGCUUCGACAAUAAUCCUUCUCCGCUUCUCGCGCCGCAGAACGAUCCCGGUUUAUAUGAGAACGCGCUGGGAAUAGAAUCUUUUACACUGUCUGAGCAUCAGCAGCCGCAUUCGCAACCAGCUUUGAGUCCAGCGCACAGCCCGUACAUCUCACCGCAGUUGGUACCGCAACAGGGGGCGGAUAUGAUUCCUAAUGUUCCGUAUAUAUCUACACCUGCCUUGAAUUCUCAAUACCCGACUCCUCCAACAGAUAUGUAUGCGGAGAACUUGUCAGUUCAGGGAAACACAAGCCCUGGAGACAUGGGACAGGCGUCUCAAAUGGCUCCUCCUUCCAUUAACGUCGAAUUCGCACCUCCUUCCCAAAACUCCAACCCACCUCAGUCAAAGCCAGCUGCGAAUCUGGACUCUUUGAGCCCACCCGUUGCUAUCCGAUCUCGUAUGCGCAGUAAAUCCGAUCCAUAUGCCCAUCCAGCCUCGCGCGCGCGCUCUUCUUCAACCUCAACAAGCCUGGAGCCGUUCAAUGUGUCAUCUCCGCGGUCCCUAUCGCCCUUCGAUUCUGUUGGGCGCCAGCUUCAAAGCAACCCCAGCUCUCGAGAGCCCUCGCCGUCCCGCUCGGGCCGUCGCUUAUCGACCUCUUCUAUCGAUAGCCGGAAUUAUAUUUUAGGUCUCGCUGACCCUCAGCGGCCAGGCGCGAAUCCCAACGACUCAAAGCGAGUUCAGAAACACCCUGCAACAUUCCAGUGCCAUUUAUGCCCCAAGCGCUUCACAAGAGCGUAUAAUCUUCGGUCUCACUUGCGAACUCAUACAGAUGAAAGACCAUUUGUCUGCACCGUGUGUGGGAAAGCCUUUGCGCGCCAGCACGACCGCAAGCGACAUGAAGGACUACAUUCCGGGGAAAAGAAAUUUGUUUGUCGUGGCGAACUGUCUCGGGGUGGUCAAUGGGGCUGUGGCCGUCGGUUCGCACGUGCCGAUGCUCUCGGCCGUCAUUUCCGAUCGGAGGCUGGCCGAAUUUGUAUUAAGCCCUUGUUGGACGAGGAGUCUCAAGACCGAGAACGUUCUGCUCUGGAUCAGCAGCAGCAGCACCUUCAGCCGAUGCCGGCUCCAUUAAUGGUUCCGGGCAUGGACGGCCAACCGACCGGCACGUUCGUUCUCCCCGCAGCUUUGCUGGCCCAGUACCCAGCCCUGCAAACUUUGCAAUGGGAUCAGAUUCCUGCUACGGCGGAUGAUCCCAGCGACAUUGGGGGUCGCAGUAGUUUUGAUGCAAGCUCUGGCGGCGAGUUCGGAUUUGAAGAUGACGAGCCGGGCAUGAGUACCGUAUCUGGCAUCAACGGAGGCUAUGGCGGUGGGCCUAGUAUCUACGAUAUGAAUAACCAGGCACAUAUGCUUGGAAUCAACCCAGGUGACACAAAUUACCAAGAAACGGACUGGAGAACAUGAGGUCUCGUUCACCAGCCACGUCUUUCCCGCGCCCAUCAAGUCCUUCAUAUCUAUUUUCUUGUUCUCUUCCUGUCUUUCUGUCCUAUUUGCUCGGUCGUGACCU